CAAUGUGUAUACGCAAUACUAGAGCUGAAGUUUUCGUAACACCCAGCUGAAGUCAUUAGUUAUUUUGUGGCAUUGAGAGAGCAUUCGUCAUGAAAGAUACCUACCUGCCAGAUUCAGGUGGGUUAAACUGAUGACAUCAGUCGAGUGCCAAAGCUUAGAACACAAAACUACUUGCAUUUCAGCCCCUGAAAAAAUUGAACUCUGGAUUUUUAGUCCUCCUGAAUGCUUAAUCUGUACAUUUGGGGUUCUUUUUUUGGUAGCAGUGUUUUGUUUUCUUUGGGGUUUUCUUGUAGUUAGAAAAAAGAAGGCAUUUGAUUAAGGUAGUUAAUAAUGUAUUGAAAUACUAAUGUUGGUCACGUAGGUGAUUUUGCAGUACCACCUGACAGGUUGUGCUUAACUCAUGUGAGAAGCAUAGGCUGCAGCUCUAAAAACUAAACUCAAAUUUGGCAUAAACUUUCCAUGUCUUCACUGGAAAUUAAGAACAUGUGCGUUCAAAAAAUCUGCUCAGGCAAGACAAAACCUAAAUCAUAGGAAAGCUGUUAGUUGCAUAUGUAUCACAGUCUCUUAAAAAAAAAAAAAAGUUUAAAAAAGUUUUGGUAAUGCCAUUUGCACAUGUGAGAGAUCCUGGUUUCUGCCAGGUGAAUUGAGGUUAGAUUUUAUAUCUCGAUGUAUUUGGCUUCUCUAUGGCAGAAUGUUCUAACCUGUGAGAAACAGAACACAAACAAGAAAAGAGAUGCAGGAAAAACAUCCUACGUGUUUUUAAGGACUUAGUAUGGAGAUGCUGAGUGUCCUGUAUGUUUUAGUUGAUUUAAGUGUUGUAGUGAAACUCAAAAACAUCUGCUUAAAAAUAGGUUUCUAGAACCAUUCUUGAAACUUGAAACACUUUUGAACACUGUUUUUUCUUAUAAACAACAUUGGAACAAUCCUUGAAGUGCAGUUCAAGAUCUAAUGUAUUUUCAAUGUUAGCAUUUUAAGCUGGAAGCUCUGGCUGCUCCGGGUGUUGCAUGUCGUCUUUAAUGUUAUCUUCUUUUUAUUUCCUUCUCUGCAGUAAAUAUAUGAUGAAGAUUGUAUUUCUGUGUUCUGAAAGUAAGCAACAGGUAUUUUACAGAAAGCAUAGAGAGGAAAUCACCUGGACAUCUUGGAUAUUGUGAUCGUAAUUCUGUAGUCCUGGGGAUUUAAGUGCCCUCACUUUGUCAGCAACUCAGCUGUAGUGGGUGAAACUUGCCAUCGCUUAGCCUUCAGCCCCACGUAUUUAGAGGUUUUUCUGUAUCAUCUGUCAAGUGUGAGAGUGAUUAUUAAGUAACCCAGCAUCUGAUUCUACACUGGUUUGUGCUUUCUUUCUUUCUUUCUCUCUCACUCUCAGUCAUUCACUAAAAAUAUUAAUGUUGUUAGACAGAAAAUGUCCAGAAAAAAAGCCCCAAUAAAUUAAUUUCCCCUCUAAUGUUACAGUUAAUUUUGGAACUUUUGAUGGGGGGUAUGUGUGCAUAUUUUAAUUAGUUAUUUUUUAAUUACUGUUAAGUUUGAAUGGAAGAAUUGUCAACAUGCAUAAAAUGAUAUUUAGUCACUUUUUUUUUCCCUAAAUCAGCAUUUGCAUCCUAUUCCUGCGGGACCGACCAGAGCAAACGUAACCCACUGGAGUCAUCAGCCACUUGUCAGAUAUCAGCUUCAGGGAAUCUGUCUUUGAUCAGCUUUGCGCGUUGCAAAAAGAGAUUCUGAAGGACCUGGAUGAUUACUAUGAAAAAUUUAAACGAGAGACAGAUGCCGUGCAGAAGAGGAGAAUGUUGCACUGCAUCCAGAGAGCCUUGAUUCGGAGUCAGGAACUAGGGGAUGAAAAGAUCCAAAUCGUCAGUCAGAUGGUGGAGCUCGUUGAGAACAGAACGAGGCAAGUGGACAGCCACGUGGAACUGUUUGAGACCUGUCAAGAGACUAAUGACACCACUGGAAACAGUGGGAAAGCCAGCCAAGAUAAGUCAAAGAACGAGACAAUCGCGCAGGCUGAAAAGCCCAACAACAAGAGGUCGAGGAGGCAAAGGAACAACGAGAAUCGAGAAAAUGCCUCAAAUAAUCAUGAUCAUGAUGACAUCACCUCAGGAACUCCAAAGGAGAAGAAAGCAAAGACGUCCAAGAAGAAGAAACGAUCUAAGGCAAAAGCAGAGAGGGAAGCUUCUCCCCCUGACCUUCCUAUUGACCCUAACGAGCCAACAUACUGCUUGUGCAACCAAGUCUCCUAUGGAGAAAUGAUAGGAUGUGAUAAUGAUGAGUGCCCCAUCGAGUGGUUUCACUUUUCCUGUGUGGGACUCAAUCAUAAACCAAAGGGCAAAUGGUACUGCCCCAAAUGUAGAGGAGAAAACGAGAAAACUAUGGACAAGGCAUUGGAGAAGUCUAAAAAAGAAAGGGCCUACAACAGGUAGUUUGUAGACUUUUCGUAGUGAAUAAAACCAGAACCACCAAACCAGUGUAUUUAUUGUCAGUGUCACCUUUGUUGAGGUGAAAGGAUUGUAAAAUGUAUAUUUUUAAAGGAGGUUUAAAACUGAACCAUUCCUGUUACAGGGACGGCAAUAAGCAAUUUUGGUUUUCAUUUGGUAAACUGUAACAAGAAUGUGGUCUGUGGACCAAUGUAUUCCAAAAGUAAAGUUAUAAGAGUUUAAACUGAAUAUUUGGGUGGGACUUAAAAGAUAAAUUAAUACCAUCUUUGUUUCCCUUUUCUUUCAGUGCUGGUAGCACUCUACCCAUUAAAAUUUUGAUGACAAAUAUCUCUGCAAUGUAAUUCUGUUUUCUUUAAUGAAAAAUAUUAUUUACCUUUUGGCCAAAAUUGUUCAAUAGUUCAGCAAUCUGGUUGUAUCUGAAUAAAGCUGCAAUACAUUACAAAUGUAACUUCUUUCAGCGGUAAGCAGUGUGAGAGCAAAUAAAAGGAGGGUAAAAUUUGGUUCCUGCUACAAAGUGUCAGUAUAACAGUUCCCUAGCAAGAGUUUAAAUAGGCUUAGAGGAUUAUUUUUUACAAAAAUGAAAGUUAAUGGUUAAAUUUUACACAACAAAUAUUUUAUAUGCUGGCCAAGAUACCACAAGGGCCAUUUUAAAAUGAUUGAAUAUGUUUUAUAUUUAACCAGGAAGUGGUUUAGUAAUGAGACUUCACAUAAAUGAAGCUUUAUACUGUCACAGAUAGUAGUGUAGCAAUCCUUAAUUUGUUUAAGUUGUAUAAAUGUACAUUUUAAACUGGAGUUGCACUUACUGUAUUAUACUUGGAAAUGCAGCCAAAUGCCAUUGUGUAACCAAUGUGCAUUUCCUGCUGUAUGUAUGAAAAUUGUACAGCUGUGAUAUUAAGAAAUAAAUGAAACAACUUUGACAGUU